AUGGAUAAGUGGAAUGGAAAAGUUGCUGUAGUUACGGGCGCUUCUUCUGGAAUCGGAAAGGAGACUUGUAGACAACUGGUUGAAAAUGGAAUGAUUGUUGUUGGUUUUGCUAGAAGAGAAGAUAAACUACAGGAGUUAGAAAAGGAUUUAAAAGGAAAACUGGGAAAAUUUUAUUACGUUAAAGUUGAUUUGUGUUCGGAAGAAAGCAUUUUGGAAGCUUUUAAUUGGGUAAAGAGAACAUUGAAAUCGGUUGACGUACUAGUUAACAAUGCAGGUGUUUGGAAGCAAAGUGAUUUACUGGGAAACACGAAUGAUUGGAAACAAAUGUUUGACACUAAUGUCAUAGGUUAUACCAUUUGUAGCAGAGAGGCCAUACAAAUCAUGGAGGAAAUAAAAAUCAAAGAGGGUCACAUAAUAAAUAUUAACAGUGUUGCAGGUCCGUCUUCCAAUGCCAUUUCUGAAGGAUAUUUCAGUUUAUAA